CGGGAAUGCAGGGGACGGGGGAACGCGUGCGGGCGGACGGCCGGCCCUGUGUGAGGAAGGCGCGCAAUCAGCCAAACGGCCUCCAGCGUCGCGCCUUCCCCGGUCUGGCAGCAAAUCAUCGUGCCGUUGAUUCAAGCGCCCGAGACUGUGUAACCGUGAUUUCUCUCUAACUCUCUCGUGGUCGGCGAGGGCCUGCCUGAUCUCCCCCUUCACCCCAUCCUUCUCCCUCCAUCGCCUUUCGCAGUCAUGCCGAACAUACCCUCCUCCGCCACCAACACGGCCGCCAUGUCGGAUCAAUUCUCCACCCAUACCCCCGUGAGCCACACCUCCACUGACGGCACUGCCGCCGGCCUUUGGCGUCGCCAUGAGCAGCUCAAGACCGUCGAAUACCAGAAGAACGAGCUUAUCGAGGAAUUGCUCUAUCGCUAUGAAUAUCUGAGCGAGCAGCUCAAGAAAGAAAGCGAGGAUCAUGAGCGCGAGCGCGAAUACAACCGUACGGCUCAGCGCACGAUCAAAGAGCACCGCACCUAUAUUGUAACCCUGCAGGCGGUCAUGCAACGUGAUCCGUUUGCCUUGGUCCUUAUUGACGGAGACGGCAUGAUCUUUACCGAUUCACUUCUGCGCCAGGCCGAAGAGGGUGGCAAAACGGCUGCCGGAAGACUUGAAACGCAACUUGAAGAGCAUUUGAAUUCGCGGCUACCCGAUAUCCCGGGAAACUGCAAGCUUGUCGUCCGUAUUUACGCCAAUUUGAAGGGUCUUGGUGAGACCUGUCGCAGCGCAGGUAUUAUCGCAAAUACGGCCGACGUUGAAGCUUUUGCGAAGGGAUUUACCCGUAACAAGCCACUUUUUGAUUUUGUCGACGUCGGUCCCGGCAAGGACAGAGCUGAUGAGAAGCUUUGUGAGACUUUCAAGCUUCAUCUUUACGAUUCUCACUGUCGUCACAUCUUUUUCGGCUGCUCUCACGACAAUGGCUAUGCCCGUUUGCUUGAGCCGCUUGUUACCAACCCUGAUCUUGUCCCUCGGGUCACCUUGAUUGAAGGUGUUCCUUUCGAGAAAGAGCUUGCCAUUCUUCCCUUUGAGACCAAAAAGUUUGAUAAUCUCUUCCGCACCCAAAAGAUCAACCUCUAUGGUAACGGCACCUCCGGUUUUGGCCCCUCCCUUCUACUUUCAAACAUUGCUUUCCGUAACCCAAGCAGUACGACUAGUGGUAGCACCACUCCACCCCUGCUGGGUGUUGGCGCUAUUAGGGUUGCCACCCCGCCAGUGAACGGGAACCCUGUCAGCUGGGCUGGUGCUGCCGCUAAGGCCGCAGCGCUUCCCGCUCCGAAGCCUGCCGCUGCUAUGGUCACUUUACGCGAUCCGAAUGUUGUCCCACGCAACCGCAAGGGUCAACGCAUCGAUCCGCCUCUGAAGUAUGACCGAGACGAGUUCAACCGUGUUAAGCGCCUCAAGAUGUGCAACGUACACUUUUUACGUCAGGAGUGUCCCUACGGUUUGAACUGCACCCACAAACACGACUACAAGCCGACCAAGGAUGAAAUUGAGACGCUCAAAUUCGUUGCUCGCAGUGCGACCUGCAUCCAUGGUACUGGUUGCGACGACAUCAAGUGCAUGUACGGUCAUCAUUGCCCAUAUCCCAAGAACCCAGCCAAGAAGACGGGCAAAAACUGCAUCUGGGGCGAUGAGUGCAAGUUUUCUCUCGACAUGCACAACAUGGACUCGGCCAUCGUAUCCACCAUGACAAUCCGCAACUAAGCAGCACUUGACAGGCAAGCAAGAAUGGUUAUGAAAAAGGGCAAAUUGGCAAUGACAGCAUCAAGGUGGUAUUCGUGGAAAUAGGAAG